ACCUGGUAAGAAGACGAAAAUCAAAAUGGCGGGAACAAAGGAAUCAGAGGUUCCCAGUCUGAGAGUAUCAUCGUCAUCUUCCUCUCCGGCCAGGGAGAAACGGAUGGGGAAGAACAAUUCAGCAGCGGAGCUUUGUUGGAGGGAAGAAGUGGAUCAGAACUUGAAGAGGCUUCACUCACUUCUGUUCGGUGCCGAUAUCGCUCUGGAAAGAGGAGAUUUCUCCUCCGCCCAAAUACUUGGCCUCCGUCUCCUUGGAUUCCUCGACUCACAAACUCGCACUGAUGUUGACGAGGCCUUCAUCGAUCCUAUUCGAAGAGAAGUCGCUUCGAAGAUCGAUACUGCUCGCCGCUCCCUUGCACCAGAAUCAGAUCGCCAGGCUUUUGAACAAGCGAAAAGAGAUCCAGGCUUUGUGUUUGUGAAGAAGGAAAUUGACGUUGAGAUGGUCAAGCAUUCAAAGUAUUUCCGUGCUUUCUUUCAAAAACCUAAGGUCAAGACUGCUGGUCCAGGGAUUCACUGCUCAUCAGGAAGCAUCAACUCGGACACUCUUCAAAGCUGCAGCUCUGGGGAAGGUCAUUCAUCUCUGGCAGGCCGACUGAACAGGCAGAAUGAUGAGUUGAAUUGCAAGCCUUCAAAGACAAUGACACAGGCAAAGUUAACAUCUAUAUAUGGCAACAAGGUGAAGGAAAAUAAUAGUUCAUACAAGUGUAUGCUGAACUCCAGAAGUAACGGCUCAGAGGACUGCACUAUAGUAGAAAAAGCUCACUCAUUUAAUCAGAACCAUCAUAAAGGCCAUGGGAUCACCUCAUUUCUGCAAGCUGAAGAGGAAGCAAAACCUCAUGGUGGCUAUGGAAUAAAACGUGCACAUAUGGAAACUGGUAGCCCUAGGUUUGAAAGUAUCAAGUCCCCAUCAAGCACUGAGGAGGCUAAUGCUGAUGUUUCUGGCAAUGGAUUUGUCACAGCAAGAGCAAAAUUGGAAAUGGAUGCAAGACAGAAGCGUGGCUUGGCAGGAUCGCCAAGCUCUUCUGUCUCCCCUCAAAGUGAUAACUGUUCAGUUGGUAGAGGUUAUGGUGUUAGAUCAGUUGGUUUUCCUCGACGUGGUAUUCGAAGUAAUUUUGUUCCUCCUAUUAGAUCCAAUGGAGCCAAUAAUGGCAAUACAACUUCACGAAAUUCAGGGAAGGGUGAUGACGCAUUAGAUGACUCAACAAAGAGAUGUUUGGAAAUGUUAUGUGGGCCUGAUGGUGAGCUUCCUGAGAAGUUAAGGAAUUUGGAACCCCGUCUUAUUGAACAUGUUAGCAAUGAGAUAAUGGAUCGUGAUCCCAAUGUUCGUUGGGAGGAUAUUGCUGGCUUGGAUCAUGCUAAAAAGUGUGUGACUGAGAUGGUUAUUUGGCCUUUAAUACGACCUGACUUAUUUAAAGGUUGUCGGUCUCCAGGAAGGGGUCUUCUUCUUUUUGGUCCUCCAGGAACAGGUAAAACAAUGAUUGGCAAAGCUAUUGCUGGUGAGGCUAAAGCCACCUUUUUUUACAUAUCAGCCAGUUCAUUAACAAGCAAGUGGAUUGGUGAGGGUGAAAAGCUAGUGAGGGCACUUUUCGGGGUUGCCAGUUGUCGUCAGCCUGCUGUAAUAUUUGUUGAUGAGAUAGAUUCACUAUUGUCUCAGCGAAAGUCAGAAGGCGAACACGAGUCAAGUAGGAGACUGAAAACACAGUUUCUGAUUGAGAUGGAAGGCUUUGAUGGUGGGAACGAGCAAAUUCUGCUUAUUGGAGCAACAAAUAGACCCCAGGAGCUUGACGAAGCAGCACGGAGGCGACUUACGAAACGACUCUAUAUUCCUCUUCCAUCCUCAGAAGCCAGAGCCUGGAUUAUCCAGAAUCUCUUGGACAAGGAUGGGUUGUUCAAGCUUUCAAAGGAAGAUAUUGAAGCCAUAUGCAAGUUAACUGAAGGGUAUUCUGGAUCGGACACGAAGAACUUAGUCAAGGAUGCAUCCAUGGGACCGCUGAGAGAGGCUCUAAGACAAGGUGUGGAGAUAACAAAGCUGAAAAAGGAGGAUAUGAGGCCUGUCACUCUUCAAGACUUCGAAAAUGCACUACAAGAGGUGAGACCCUCCGUUUCCUUGAAUGAACUCGGUAUAUAUGAGGAAUGGAACAGGCAAUUUGGAAGCUUGUCUCUGUAAGUAUCAAUUUGAUAAAUGCAAGGAAAAUAAAAAAUAAACACAAGAGAGCAUGCAUUGAUUUCUAGUAGCCUUUUAUCUGAUUGGUUUCUAUCUAUUGGCUCCCA